CAAGCAUCGUUGAUGGCUGAUGCACGUUGCUCUCGGCUAUUCCACCCAAUGGAUAAGCCCGGGUCCUUGGCCUCCAACAGGGUUCCCCCAACCUUCGCUCGACCGCCUCUCUCCUUCCCCUCAUCUCCCUCCCAUUCAGGAUCCCUCGGCUGAAAGACGUGGCCGCAUUGGCUUCCUCGAUAAGCUCCUCGUCCGCUACCCCGGACUGAUACCAGAUAGCAUUGCACAGCUGCUUAUCGCCGAGGUAUGCACACGAAACCCCAUUCGGCCGUGCAGAUAAAGGGCACGCUUUACUGUGCUUCCGAUGGGGUCGGAUGACGAGCUGCCAAAGGACAUGACCUAAGGGGACCGUGUCUCCUGUGCAUGGUUCUUCCCCAGAGGUACUAUAACCACUACUUGCCUCCUCACCACCGCAUACUGCGACACCCCCUUCCCCCAGGUCUACUCCCCUUCCCCAAGCCAAGGUUCAAUAUGGCGGAAGAGAAAUCUGAGAAAGCUCCACCACAGAUGGAGGUGGAUGAGGAGAAUGGAACCACGAGAGAACUUGAUCCGACGCUCGUGAAGCAUGCGCAGGAUGCUGACGAAGCGCUGGCGGUUUUCCAAGAUCUCCAUGGUGAAGUCAUCACGCUGGAUGAGUCGACAAACAAAAGGAUUCUUCGAGCGAUCGACUGGCACAUCAUGCCAGUUAUGUGCCUUGUCUAUGGGAUGAACUUCCUGGACAAGACAACUCUGUCCUAUGCCAGUAUUAUGGGGAUCAAAAAGGACUUGAACCUCGUAGGCGAUGAUUACCAAUGGUUGGGUAGUCUGUUCUAUUUCGGCUACCUGGCAUGGGAGUACCCGACCAACCGACUUCUUCAGAGACUCCCUCUGGGAAAAUAUUCUGCCACUUGUAUUAUCAUCUGGGGUGCGAUCCUGUGCUGCUUUGCUGCCGUCAGUAACUACUCUGGGGCAAUUGUCAUCCGCUUUUUCCUCGGUGUCUUUGAAGCCUCUGUCACCCCUGGUUUUGCUCUGAUCACCUCGCAGUGGUACACUAAAGCCGAACAAGGAAGUCGAGUCAACAUCUGGUUCAGCUUCAACGGCUGGGGCCAGAUUUUCGGUGGUCUGGUAGCCUACGGGAUUGCCGUUGGGACGGACCGCCACGGCUCUGCCAUCGAGCCCUGGAAGAUCAUCUUCCUUGUCACAGGGCUUUUAACCGUUUGCCUGGGUGUGCUCUUCCUCUGGAUUGUCCCGGACAGCCAGCUCAACGCCCGAUGGCUCAAGCAUGAAGACCGCGUUCUUGCGCUUGCUCGUGUGCGUGUCAACCAACAGGGAAUCGGAAAUAAGCACUUUAAGAUACACCAGGUGAAGGAGGCCCUUGUGGACCCCAUGACUUGGGCUUUCUUUUUCUACGCCCUUAUUGCUGACAUUCCCAACGGUGGCAUUACCAACUUUUUCAGCCAGCUGAUCACCAGCUUCGGUUACACAGAAGAACAGAGUCUGCUCUACGGUGUCCCCGGCGGUGCCAUCGAAGUCAUUUCCCUGGUCGUGAGCGGCUUUCUCGGACAAUACACCAACCAGCGACUCCUAUGCUGCACAGGUGGUAUCAUCUUCGGCAUUGUGGGCAUGAUACUCAUCGUUGCACUGCCUCUCUCGAAUAAUGUCGGUCGGUUGAUCGGCUUCUACAUGACACAAGGGAGCGCCACGCCGUUUGUGGCGCUGCUCGCCAUGAUCUCGUCGAACGUAGCUGGCUACACGAAGAAGACGACUGUUGCAGCAAUUUACUUGAUCGGCUAUUGUGCAGGAAAUAUUAUCGGCCCUCAAGUCUUCCGUCCCAAAGAUGCACCACGCUAUGUUCCCGCGGAGAUCACAAUUAUCGUCUGCUGGGGUGUCUGUCUGUUUAUUCUUGCAUUCAUCUGGUGGUGGUACCGCAAACAAAACGAGAAGAAGGCCCUGGUCCGUGCCAGCCCGGAGUACACACGUAUGGAGAACCAAGAGUGGAUGGAUCUUACUGAUUGGGAGAAUCACGAACUCGUAUAUGUUUUGUGAUGGCUGUGGCCUCCUAAUUUUCUCUCUUGGGCCUGGCGCCUGUAAAUGAUCAUUAUGACGACCAUGGUGUUGUUGCGUUGCUACUUUUCUGGGAAUUUCAUGCAUAGGGAUUAUUUCUAGCUUGAGUCUUGUUCUACUCAAUGUACUCUGAUGUAGAGCAUGUCCCACUGUUUACCGCUUGGUGCAGACUUUAUCUUCCACCAGCUAUAUGCGAUACAAGUACAUAGUAGCAGUAAUAGGAUGCUUGAAUCCAGAAC